CCCAGAAGUGGUCUUUAAUUGUGAAUAUUUGGGAUGUACAUACAAGAGCUGCCUUAAGAUGGACGUACGCCGCCAUUACACUCUACGACACGAGCGAGGCAUGGGUGUCGUGUGCACGCUGUGUGGGAAGAAGUAUCGCAAACGCUACCAUCUUAGAAUUCACAUGUUUAAUAAGCAUGAAGUUCGAGGGGAUGGGCUGAGGACUUUCAAGUGCCCAGAAGAAGGUUGUGAGUAUGAAACGACAGCAAGCAACAGUCUAAAACUACACGCCACCAAGCACAAGAAGGACAAGCCGUUCAACUGCCCUUACUGUGGUCGCUGCGUGAAAACGGAGAAAACCCUACAGAAGCACAUCAACAAGCGCCACCUGAACAUAAGGCCUUACUUGUGUCAAGUGUGUGGAGCAUCUUACGGAGAGGAACACGAGCUGAAAACUCACGAGGCGCGUCACCUCACGGAUAAACCUUACAUAUGCGAACACUGUUCAUAUUCCACCGUCAGCAAGGCAGAUUUGGCGAGUCACGUUCUAGCCAGACACAACCAGAGACUGGACAGCAAGAUCAAAGUCUACCAGUGUCACAUCUGCGGCUACACCACGACCCGGAAGAAACACCACGAGCGACACAUCAAGGGACACCUCAACAUCCGCGACAUGGUCUGCAACAUCUGCGGGAAGACGUUUGCUCACGACCGCACGCUGGCUAAACACAUACGCUGGGUUCAUACGGAGAAGAAGGUGAAAUGCCCCCACUGCGAUCACGUGACGGCGGAUAAUUAUCACCUGAAGGAGCACAUUCGCGUGAUGCACACGCACAGAGAUUUGAAGCCCUUUAAAUGCGGGUAUUGUGAUUUUAGGUGUAAAAUAUCGGGGAACGUUCGCAAACAUUGCCUGCAUAAACACAAAGGAGUGGAGGUGAAGUAUUUGAAGGUGGCGCGGACGGAUGUCGUCAAGGAGGUUCCGAAGCGCCCUCUUUUGUCCGACGUCUCCAUGCGCACGGCGGAUGUGUUUAGUUCUGCCCUGGAGAUGUUGGCGACCCAGACCGUGCAAGCAGUGUCGUCUGAAUUGAGUCAUUUGUCCAAUCAGGUCGUUUCAGGACAGCAGCAGAUCGCCAGCGUUGCCGACCAACCUCAUAUCGAGUCUUGCUCGCCCGUGCCCAUGUACGCCGGCAACCAAAUCCUCUCCGUGCAGCACGUGACGUUGGGACAACACGUACAGCAACAACAACAAGAACCGCAGCACCAACAGCAUCAACAGCCCUCUUCCAUAGCGACCAGCCAAGUGAUGACCAGUCACAUGACGGGUUCGGGGCAGUUGCCAGUCUCGGCAAUACGCACGGCGCUGAUGCAGCCCGUGACGAACCAGAUGCCGCCGCCUCACCCCCAUCAGCACCCGAACCUCUUGCCCCCUCAUGGUCACCUGGCUGGACCCAUUGACAUGUCCACCGGUCAGAUUCCCCACUGGACCAUGGGGCAGUAUUAAGAGGUGGUCAUCCUAAAAUUUUGGCUCUACGUCCUUCGUGUGUUUGCUGAAAGACGGCGAUGGAAAUGUUUUGUCGCUGAUAUUGUUUUGUUGAAGGCAAGCAAAUUUGAUGUGUGGAAACAUGCAUGCAUACACACGUGCGCACGUUCAACACAUGUUCACGUACGUGCAUUCAUACAUACAAUCUACCUCUAACUUAUUUGCUUGCACGCACAUGCACACACACACACACGUACGCACACGUGCGCACAUUCACACACAAAGCUUUCGGUUAUCGUGGUAAAUGAUCAAGAAUAAUGCAAUGGUAAUUUUAGACAAUGGAACAUACAAGAAUUAUGUGGGCAAUUCUGAUGAAAUUUGUGAACAAACUAGAUUAUGGAGAAAAUUCUAGUUUUGAUGGUUGUGCUAUUUAUUACGUUGGAGUUGUUUUCUUUUAUAGGAAGGUUUAAAUCUCGAUCAUGAUUCAACAGUGGAAAUUUUAUAGUAGAUUGCUUUAUUUAUAGAACUUUUUUUCCUUUAUCUUUAAAAGUCUGUUGAAAACAAACUUUAACAGUGAAAGAAAAUAGCACGAAGAUUUUAUAAGUUAUUUAUCUAUAUUUUAUACCGUAUGUGCUCUUACAAAAUAAUGGACCUAUUUAUUGUUUGGUAUGGGAAUAUAGAUAUAGUAAUCAGAUGGUUCAGUUUGUAAAAUAAUAUUGUUU